ACGGGAGUCCCCACUCCCAUGCUGAGUAUCCGUUUGCUGCAGACGCCGUUCGACUACCUGAGCGUGUCGUUCCCAAUCUCCGGCGCCCCUUAGGUUCACGCUCAUUUUUACUGAUGGAAGGAAAUGAGAAAUUUCUUGAUUACAGAGUUGGCACUCUGCCAACUGUUUUAUACAUACCCAACUUCAUCACCGAUAAUGAAGAGAAUUUUCUUCUCAAUAAUAUAUAUGCAGCUCCUCCGUCAAAGUGGAAGUCAUUGAAGAAUAGAAGGCUACAGAAUUGGGGUGGUGUAGUACAUGAGAAGGGGCUUCUACCUCAAGCUUUGCCUCCGUGGUUAACAAACCUUACCCAGAAAAUAUGUGAACGAUCAGGACUAUUCCCAUCAGCAAUCAAUCAUGUUCUCAUCAAUGAAUAUCUAUCUAACCAAGGCAUAAUGCCACACCAGGAUGGCCCUGCCUAUUUUCCUGUAGUGGCAAUUCUUUCCCUUGGGUCUCCUGUUGUCAUGGACUUCACUCCCCAUUCCAGGUUAAAACUAGAUGCUCAUGAUGCCAUUGCCACAAAUGAUGAUGAUGGAACUAUAGAGACUGAGAAAAGUAAAUGGCUUGAUGAUCACCACCCAUUUUCUGUCUUAUUGAUGCCUCGAAGUCUUCUGAUAUUCAAGGAUCAAGCAUAUUCAGAUUACUUGCAUGGUAUAGAAGAUACUGAAGUACAUUGCUAUGAUGGGGCUGUAAAUGAAACUCAGGCUUUGACACAGAAUGAAUUAGAUCACUCAUUUUCGAGCUCAGAGGAGGCAGUGGAAACAAUGGGUCGAGGGAAGGAUAAGAAUGUACUCAGGACAUCUCAGAGAAUUUCACUGACUUGCAGGUUGGUGCCAAAAGUGCACAAAAAUUUGUUUAAAUUUUGACCACCUUCCACUCGAUAGUGUGCUAUAACAAUGUGAUACUUAUAAUUACACUGCCUAUCACUCAUUCAUCAUGCUGCUAUAAUGUGUGGGAGCUGACAUAAUAUUAAAAAUAAAUGAGGAACUCAUAUUUACUGAAUAUUACAUGUACGUAUUAGAUA